AUGUUGAGCAGUGGGACUGAAGUGGUUCCAGCUGCAAACGCGAAUAUUCACUUUGUCCCUUGUCUCUGUGCCUCUCCCCCACUAUCUCCCCCCCUCUCUCUCUCUCUCUCUCUCUACUUUACAUUUUAUCACCUUCUUCUUCUUCUUCUUCUUCUUCUUCUUCUGCUUCUUCUUCUCUCGCUAUCUAUCUCUCUAUUUAUCUCUCGCAUUCUCUCUAAUUUUUCUCCCCCCCUUUCCUCUUAUUUCAUCCUCUCUCUUCGAGUCUUGAUUUCAUUUUUUAUCCUCUUUCUCUUCUCCCUAUCUCUCUAUCUAUCUAUCUAUCUAUCUAUCUCUUUUAUCUUAAUUCCUCUUCUUCCUCCUUCUUGUUCUACUGCUUCUCGUAUUUUUUGUAUAUCUUCUCUCUCUCUCUCUUUUAUUCCUUUCUCUUCACUUCACGGUCUUCCAAUUCUCUCUCUCUCUCUCUCUCUCUCUCUCUCUCUCUCUCUCUCUUUAUCCACUUCAUGUCUUCCCUCUUUCUUGUUCUAG